UUUAUAUACGCACGUGUAUUCUUAUAAUGUGGAAGGGGAUUAACUAUCAAUUAAUAUUUACAGGAGUAAACUUAAUUUUCAUAUGUAGAAAAGUGCAUAAUUAUCAUUCGAGAUGCCCACCGAUUACAAUUAAGAAUGGUAUUUAUAACAUAAGCGAAAACAAAUACAUAUGCAACAAAGGCAAUUAUUACUUAUUCGGAAAUGAAACGUUAGAGUGUCAAGAAGAUGGAAGUUGGAAAGGAGAAAUGCCAUAUUGCGCAACAGCAAUUCCUACUGUGAUAUGGAAAGUGUUUAAUGAUACAAAAGAAAUAUUCCUCAAUGGUCAAUGUGUAGAAGCUAAAAAUAAUGAAUCUUGGGAGAUAAAAGUAUUCGGGAAACCAUUCACUGAUCCCAUACUCUUUGAAUAUAAAUUACCGUAUAAUACAAAAGAAAAUAUUAGGUUUACUAUAAGAGAAAAUUUAUGGCAUGAUUUCAAAAUAUGUGGAAUCUACGUUUAUUCAAAAAAACCAGAAACCUGCAUGUUUUCAUCACUAACUCUUCCGAAUGGAUACAUUACCUCAACAGAUAUUCUUUUAAAUUACGGGGAAUAUAUAUCAUUUAACUGCAACGAAGGUUUUCAACUACACGGAUAUCGUUAUAUUUACUGUGGAGUGACAAAUGCAAUAACGUUAUUAUCUCAUUGUCAACGGAUUGAAUGCAAGGAUUCUCCUAACAAAGUAUUGAAUGGAAUAUGGGAAAAUUGGAAUCGAAGUAAGAAUUACUCUUACGAAGAUGAACUACAUCUUAAUUGUAAAUUUGGCUACGAAUUAAAUGCCACAGGAAGUAUUAAGUGUCUUAAGAAUGGAGAAUGGUCUCACACUACUUCUAUAUGCUUGAGUAUUUGAAAAUUUCUGAAAUUUUAUUUCUUAAUAACGUUUCGAACGUUAAAAUUAUUACAUUAUUUUUUUACAGAGAAGACUUUCCCAAUUUAUUUAGGUAUGUUAAUAACAACGUUUCUAAGUAUUAAUUAUAAGAUUAAUUGAAUAGUUUAUUGUUAUUUUUUUAAAGUUAUUACAGUCGUAAUUGGUGCCCUUUCGCUCGUUACACUGAUAGUUGGAUGCUUAAUCAUAUUUAAAAAACGGUAAGAAAAAUUUCUAUAAUGUAUGAUAAGUAAAUCAAUAUUAAUUCGAUAUGUUUUUUUUAUGUAAUCACAAUAAAUGUUAAUGGAGGAAAUUACCAUGAGAUUAAAUGUUACCAUAGCUUUGUAUUUUCAUUAUUUUGGUGUUAAUUAAUAAUGAUUGUUGGCUAGUUCUUUGGCUAUUCAUUAGCUAGUUGGAGACAUCAGUACAGUUCUACAUUGUAUACUAUUUCGGAUUGUCAAUUAUACCAGUGGCGUGCCGUCAUUAGAAGCGUUGGAAGCGCCACUUCCCUCGUAUUCUCUAAA